UGUCUCUGUCCCUUUAAGAAUCUCAGCCUGUUGCUAGGCUCCCAUUCCCCGGGGAGGGGGUCAGGUGCGUCACCUGUCACCUGUGUGCCCCUGGGACCCUGCCUCUUCCUCCCAGCGCCAUUCAGCAGCACUCCCUCCCUGUCUGCCUCUUUGUUCAGAGCUGAAGAGCUGAUCAUCUGCCGUUGUCUUGGACACCGUCGAACAGGGACCCCACUGGGAAACAUACUACCACCCCCAAGAAUCCCUGAACUCCUGUAUCCUUGGUGACCGGUUACCAUCCCACAGCCUCCAGGGAGUUGCUGUUGGCUUUUGCCAGGUCCCUGGACAGAUCUGGUCCUUCUGGGAGCUGCUAUAAGCGUCUCAGAACCAUGCAGCCCUUCAGCCCCAUCUUCUUCCUUCUCUUUCUCCUUGACGGUCUGAGUUCCAGGGCAGCCCCCUCAUCCUCUAUGCCUGUGGGCUCCGAUCUCCUGGGGAUGCUUCAGCCCUCUGGGAUGCCCAUUGGCGCUCUAAAAAAUCUUACUAGAGACCAAUCUACCCCAGGGUACUCUGCAACCAACCCUCCUGAGCACUCCAGGACCCCGCCCUCAGCAUCCCCUCACAUCUCCAUAAACACCUCAAGGGAGACCCCCAGCCCCAGCCCCUCCCUUUCUCUAGAGUCUCCCAGGCCUGACCAGCUCACCUCAGUAGCAGAAUCCCAGGGUACUCCACAAAUGAGCCCCUCCAAAGCAACACUCACUGAACCUUCUGGGACCCCCAAACCUGACCCAACUGGGAUGUCCCCAUCUGAAUCUCCUGAAACCCCAAAACCUAAUCUCUCCAACGCCUCACUCUCAGAGUCUCCUGAGACUGUGCACGCUGACCCCACACCAACUCUACACCAUGAACCCCCUGAAAUCUCCAAAGGAGAUACCCCCAAACUCUCGCCUGUUGAAGGGUCUAAGAUACCAAGUCCAAGCCCCACCCAACUCCUCAGCUCCAAAUCCCUAGAGACCUAUGGCUCUGGUGCCACCAGAAACCUAGAUUCUGCAUUGCUACUGACCACCCACCCUGACUCUCCCCCACAGUCAGCCUUCCUCACCACCAACUCCAAUCCCACCGAUAUCCCCCAAACACAAUUCCCCACCGCCCCCAACCAAAGUGUAACAGAGAUGGCUACGACCUCUGACUUGGAGACCACCUCUACUCUUCCCACCCAGCCAACACCCUUCAGGGAGGAAGCCACCACUCCCGGUGAGCCGGGCUUGAGUCCCAGCACAGAAGCCCCUGCAGCCACCCACAUUGCCACCCCUAGCCUGUCCACCUCAGAUUCCCUAGGCACCAAAGAGUUUCACAUACCCCAGAACUCAGGCCCUAAAGGGCCAGAUAUCCCUCUUCCCUCCGCACGGAUUGCAGGGCCCCCUGUCCCUCCCGAGCACCCCAAUCAGGUAGCCCCUGCCGUGCCCCAGGCCCCUCAGAGACACAGCCGAGGAGACACAGUCAACACUAUCAUCGUUGUGGAGCGAGUGAAGGAGACCGGAGUGACUCUGGUCAGCCGCCCACGAGGCUCCGUCGGCGGGGCUCUGUGCCUGUUCUUCGCGGGGACAGGGAUGCUGAUCGGCGUCUUCCUCCUGCUGUGGUGCCUCUACCGCCGGGCCUCCAGGCACAGGUCCUUUGCACACCACCGGCUCCGGGACAGCGGAGAGGAACCAGUCUUGCACCUGGACGCCCCGAAGGACCCGCUGGACCUCUACUUCUACGCCCCCGACGCGUGGGUGCCGUCGCACAUCGCCACGCGCCAGCCCCCGCCCACGCCCCCGCUGCCGCCCAAGCUGCCCCCUCCGCCCCGCGGGCCGCAGCGCCUGGAAGCCCUGUCGCCCGCCGCACUGUCCCCCAACUUCGUCUGAGGACCGCGCCGCAGACCCGGCCCCGCGUCAACGCCUAGAGGGGCC